CUGAAUAAGAGAAAAACCUAGCUUCGGCCGUGGACUAGUCUCGUUCAUACAGAACGAGGAAACCACGUAAAUCUGUGUGUCGAUUUCUAUUCCUGUUUCGAUUAACAUGGUAUCAGAGCCUAUGACCUCUGAUCAGAUUACUGCUCGUCUCAACUCCAAGAACUAUGCCAUAUGGGAGUUUCAGUUUCGAAUGUUGAUUGAAGGGAAAGGGCUUCUCGGUUGGCUCGAUGGAACUGUAGAUCGGCCGGCUUCUCCUCCUGCCUCGGCCGAUCAAGUACAACAGUGGGCCUUGAAUGAUGCUAAGGUUCGUAUGCUUCUCCUCAAUUCUGUUGAUGCCACGAUAAUCCUUGGGCUUCGCAUGCUUCCAACUGCUGGUGCAAUGUGGCAAUACCUGGCGGAUAUAUACAAAACAGCUACAGCCUCUCGGCAGUAUGAAAUAGAGAUGGAACUCGCUUCUCUCUAUCAAGGCAGCAUGGAUGUCACGUCUUACUACAAUGCUGCGCGUAACUUGUGGACUGAGCAAGAUCUCGUGAUGCUCUCUCUUCUCUCCACUGCUGAUUCGGCGGAAGUUCGUCGCGAAAGAGAGAAGAUUCAGCUGAUGCAAUUCUUGAUGCGGCUGAAUCGGGAGUUCGAACCCAUUCGUGCUUCCUUGCUAAAUAGAGAGAACUUGAAGGCUGAAGGGGUUCUUAGCGCUUUGAUCCAGGAGGAAACGAGGUUGCGAACCCAGGCGGCAAUUGACAUCCAACCCGGCACCGGCGACGGGGCUGCUGCUUUUAGCGUCUCGCACAGCUCGCCACAGCGGGCUUCUUCAGGUGGAGGCGGCCACCGUUCCUCUACGCCGCGGGACCAGGCUGAGCAGCUAGUAGACUCGGCCUAUGCAGCGUUUAGGCCUUCCUUCCAGCGCCGAGUUUCAGCUGCCGAUGUUUCCAUUGCCAUGAAAAGGGGCAUACGAAAAAAGUACUACAAGAAAAGGAAUUUUUGUCACUACUGUAAAAAGACUGGACAUAUAAUUUCAGCAUGUCCUGCGUUGGAGGGCAGAUUCCGCGAAGAAGAGGGACGUGGGAAUGGUCGGUCUCGCGAGGAUGAGGGUCGCGGAAAUGGAGCUGCAUCUCGGGGAGGCUCUUCUGUGCCACGUUCUGCAUAUGCUGCGCAGGUCCUUGGUGAUGCCUAUGGCUCUCAAGGCAUGUUGGUGACUCCCGCAACUCUUGAGCAAAUGGUAAACAAGGCCAUUUCUACCGCUUUUGCUAGUCUUCAAGCCUCCGGUAAGUUUCCUCACUGGAUCCUUGAUUCUGCGUGUUUCAAUCAUAUGACUGGUGAUAGUUCUAUGCUUGAGAAAUUACGACCUGUGAAUGAUUUAUCUCUUCAAGUUGCUAAUGGUGAGAAGUUAAGUGUAGCAGCCAUGGGCACUGUUCAUGAUUCUAAUGUUGUCUUACCGUCUACAUAUCAUGUGCCGAAGUUGGUGCCUAGCUUGGUUUCUGUAGGUCAGCUUACUGACCAGGGAUAUUGUGUUACUUUUGCACCUUCUGGCUGUGUUAUUCAGGAUCAGAAGACAGGGAGGGAGAUCGGUAGGGGCAGCAAGACGGGGCGCUUAUUUGUUCUUGACCAGUUGCGUCCCUCAUCAUCAUUGUCAUCACCAGCCACCUUCUUUCCUACAGUGUUCUCGAGUCUUCCCGAUAGAAACUUUCAUUUAUGGCAUGCUCGGUUAGGUCAUGCAAACUCUAGUAGACUUAUGACAAUGUUUAAACAGCAGUUAUUUGGGGAGAACACCCUUGGUCAGUGUUCGUCGGAUUUUUCAUGUACUAGUUGCAUUGAGGCUAAGACUACGAAAAUCUCUUUUCCUUCUAGUCUGACCAUUAUUUCUGAGCCUUUUGAUUUGAUACACACUGAUCUUUGGGGGCCUAGUCCCACGACUUCUCCACUAGGUUAUAAAUAUUUUGCCCUGUUCAUUGAUCAUGCUACGAGGUAUACAUGGGUGUACUUUCUUCGUCUUAAGUCUGAUCUCUUGACUGUUGCCACCGAGUUUCUUGCUAUGAUUAAAACCCAGUUUGGUAGAAUUGUUCGUGUAGUCCGUUCUGAUCCCGGAGGGGAGUUUAGUUCAGGUCCUCUGUUACAACUUUAUCGUGAUAUGGGGAUUUUGUCUCAAAAAUCUUGUCCUGGGGUGUCUCAACAAAAUGGGGUCGUUGAAAGGAAAAAUCGUCAUGUGUUAGAAGUCACUCGUGCUCUUCUUCUUUCCUCCUAUGUCCCAUCGUCUUUUUGGCCUGAAACUGUUGCUACUACUAUGCGUCUUAUCAACUAUCAGAUUACACCAGUUCUAGACCAAACUAGCCCUUACUUCCGCUUGUUUUCCAAACCCCCACCAUAUUCCCGUCUUCGCGUUUUUGGGUGUGUCUGUUUUGUUCUUCUCCCUCGAUCUGAACGCACCAAGCUUACUUCUAAAACUGCUCGUUGUUGUUUCCUUGGCUAUAGUGACAUUCAUAAAGGCUACCUUUGUUAUGAUCCCUCCUCCCGUCGUGUUCGUAUUGCAUGCCAUGUUGUGUUUCUUGAGAAUUUGAUGUACCAUUCUUCUUCCUCCGUGUCCACCGACCCUCCCUUGUUCAACCUUUCCCUUGCUCCGCCCUCCUUUGGUGAUGAUGAUGAUGCAUACCUUGAUGAUGGUGAUGCCCCCGAGCUGCCCCCCGACUCCCCCACCCCUUCGCCCGCGUCCUCGACGUCCAGUUCAUCCGCCGAGUCAUUGUCUGAAUCAUCUUCGCCCUCUCCUCCUCCAGUGGAACCACUUCGACGCUCACUUCGCAGCACCCGAGGUGUUCCCCCGGUACGUCAUCUGGAUUAUAUGGCCUUCAGUGUUGAUCCCAUUUCCGUCCCUACUCGUUACUCACAGGCUAAGGGGAAUCCGGAUUGGGAUAAUUCCAUGACGAAGGAAAUUGAUGCUCUCCAUGCUAAUCAUACAUGGGAUAUGGUCCCUCGGCCUCCUCCUUCUGUUCCCGUUAUUGGCUCUCGGUGGGUCUAUACCAUUAAAGUCCGACCGGAUGGCUCCAUUGAGCGGUUCAAAUCGAGGGUGGUUGCACAGGGUUUUUGUCAGGAAUAUGGGAUUGAUUUUGAGGAGACCUUCGCCCCUGUGGCGAAGAUGGUCACAGUUCGUGCUCUCUUGGCUGUGGCAUCUGUUCGUGGUUGGCCCUUAUUUCAGCUUGAUGUUAAGAAUGCUUUUCUGCAUGGGGAGCUUAAGGAGACUGUCUAUAUGGAACCACCUCCUGGUUAUACCUACGGCGAGCCAGGCCAGGUGUGCUUACUUCGUCGUUCACUCUAUGGCCUGAAACAGGCUCCUCGGGCGUGGUUUGACAAGUUUCAUUCCACUAUUCUCGCUCUUGGUUCUGAGCAGAGUCUUAAUGAUCCCUCUCUGUUUAUACGUAGCUCUUCUCGUGGGCUUGUGGUGCUCUUAUUGUAUGUCGAUGACAUGAUCGUCACUGGUGAUGAUGCCUUGGGGAUUACUGAACUUACCAAAGGGCUUCAUGCUUCAUUUAGCCUUAAGGAGCUUGGGUAUGUCUCCUACUUUCUGGGACUUGAGGUUAAACGCAGUAGCGCUGGGAUUCUCUUAUGUCAGAGUAAGUACAUUGAUGACUUAUUGGCCUCUUCUCGGUUUGCUGAGUACUCCGCUGUUUCUACUCCCAUGGAGCUCGGUUUGAAGCUUGGCCGCGACUCUGGUGAUCUUUUGCCCGAUGGUGGUAAGCAUUAUCGUAGCGUGGUGGGGAGCCUUAUAUAUCUGACGUCGACUCGUCCUGAUAUUGCCUAUGCGGUACAGAUUGUGAGUCAAUUUAUGUCUGCUCCUCGUACGGAUCAUCUUGCUGCUGUCCAUCGUAUAUUGCGGUACCUUCAGGGUACUCGUGAGGUGAGGUUGUUUCUUCCGUCGUCUGGUUCUCUUGACCUUCAGGGUUUCUCUGACUCUGACUAUGCUGGUUGUGUGGAUACUCGCCGUUCGACUACUGGUUGGUGUAUUUGUCUUGGUGAGUCAUUCAUUUCAUGGCGUUGUAAGAAGCAGGACAGGGUGUCCAAAUCUUCUACCGAGGCAGAGUAUCGUGCUAUGUCGGAUGUGACUUCUGAGCUGGUCUGGCUUCGGCGGCUGCUGGGUGAUUUAGGUGUGACUUGUGUUGUUCCUCUCCAGCUCUAUGUGGAUAACACGAGCGUCAUUCAGAUUGCUACGAAUCCGGUGCUUCAUGAUCGCACGAAGCAUAUCGAGGUUCAUCUUCAUUACAUACGAGACUUGGUUCGUGAAGGCAUUCUCCGACUUUUCUACAUCACUUCUGAAGACCAGAUUGCCGAUCUGUUAACCAAGUCGUUCUCGGCUAGUCGACACUUUUACCUUUCUCGCAAAUUGAUGAUGAGAGAUCCUCAUCGAUUUGGGGGGAGGCUGUUGAGCAGUAUGUAUGGGCUUCGGCCCACUUCCCUAGUCACGGUUGAUUAGUGUAAGUGACCUAGGGUUAGCCGAGUAAGUGACCUAGGGUUGAAAACCCUAGUUUGUAUAAAUAUGUAUGUAAGUG